AUGGGUGAAUCAAGGUACGCACUUCCUCACCGCGUUCCCGAAGACUACUCGAACAAAAACCUUCGUGCGAUCAGGGUUCGUUUCCGGCGCUCCUUCUUUCAAGGACGUGCACGGCGGUGGUCUGAGCGCAUGAUGGCACAGGAACUCGUGCAAUGGCUGAACAGCCUCCUGCAGCUCAACGUCACAAAGGUCGAGCAGUGUGGAACAGGAGCCGCCCUGUGCCAGGUCUUCGACAGCAUCUUCCUCGACAUCCCCAUGUCGCGCGUCAAGUUUAACGUCAACACGGAAUAUGCCUACAUACAAAAUUUCAAAGUCUUACAAAGGAGCGUUCCCAAGGUCCCCCGACUAACCCGCAUAGGCUGCUUCCAGAAGCACCAAGUCGACCAUCCCAUCCCCGUCCAGGCCCUCGUCAAGUGCAAGAUGCAGGACAACCUCGAAUUCCUGCAGUGGACCAAGCGCUACUGGGACCAGCACUACCCUGGCGGCGACUACGAUGCCGUCGCGCGGCGGAAGGGCGCCCCAGUCUCGGCCGGUGGCGCUGCGCGCGCGCCCGUCUCAGCAGGUGCCGUCCGGCGAGGCACGACGCCCACAACAGGGCCGCGGAUCGGCAAGGCCGUGGGCGGCGCCGGCGCCGGCUCGGCCGCCCUGCAGCAGGAGAACAACACGCUUAAGGAGACCGUGGUGGGCCUCGAGCGCGAGCGCGAUUUCUACUUUAGCAAGCUGCGCGACAUUGAGCUGCUGAUCCAGCAGGCGGUCGAGGAGGACCCGGAGCUCGAAAAGCAGGAGGAUGGCCUCGUCAAGCACAUCCAGACGAUCCUGUACUCGACCGAGGAGGGCUUUGAGAUCCCUGCCGAGGAGGCCGGUCUCGACGACCAGGAGACAUUCUAG